UAUAGCCUCACAAGCGAAACUGUGUUUGCCUUACAACCUCAGGCACAAAACCUACAUCAACAUUGAUCCAGAUCAAUCCAAGUCUCAAGAUCAUCUUUUUCCAACCGCGACUUCACCCAGCACCUCCCCCAUUACUAGAUACUUACCAUGUCUCUUCCGGGCGGCAGCGGCUUCCCCUUCCCCCAGCGGCCGGGGGGCGGGCCGGCGGCAGGCAUGAGCCACCAAGAACAACAAUACGUGAAAGCGAUCGAGGGCGCCGGCGAGAGUUGUGCGUUUAAGAGCUGCAUGGCGGCGGUCAUGGGCGCGGGAUUAGGAGCGAUGUUCGGCGUGUUCACCUCCGCGAUGCGCUACGACACCCCUCUCUCCCCCACCGCCCCCGAAAUCUCCACCCUCCCCCUCCGCCAACAACUCAAACUCGGCUUCGCCGAAACCGGCCGCGCCGCCCUCUCCACCGGCCGCAACUUCGGCACCGUCGGCUUCCUGUUCAGCGGGCUGGAGUGCGGCGUCAGCGCGCUGCGGGCGAAGGACGACAUGUGGAACGGGAUCUGGGCGGGGGCGUUCGCGGGGGGAAUUUUGGCGCGGAAGACGGGGCCGCGGGGGGCGGCGGUGGGGGCCGGGGGGUUUGCGUUGUUUAGUGUGGGGAUUGAGUGGUGGUUGAGGAAGGGGGAGGAUGAGAAGCGGUUUGCGGUGGAGUGAGGGAAGGGGUGGUUGUACGUGUACGAUAUGGAUAAAAGCAUGGUGGGUUGGCUGUUUUGGCUGUUGGAACGAGAUUUGCAUGGGAUGGCGCUGGGAUUGUUCAGAUGGUGAUGGCGUACACUUUGCUGUGGGCUAAAAUAAUAGAUGAUACCCUACACUCUGAGAUAUAUAAAAGUUGUCAUGUCGA